CACAGCGCCAGUUCACUGCCGAUGGCACGCCUGCUUCCCUUGCCACGCACGACGACACCCGGGGCCCUCCGCCGUGCCACCGUGCCCCUCCCGUGCAGCUCACUCCCUUCAAUAUCAGGCCCUGCUCGCGUCAGAUCCAACAUAGCAACAUCGGCGAUGGCGCUGGAGCCAUUGGAGAGCAAUGAGCAUAGCAUACGCUUCAAGGUCAUGGAGGAGGGCGGGGUGUCCCUGGUCGCCGUGACAGAAGAGGUCCUUUGCACGAAAACUGGCGGCGAGCACGCCGACGGUGGCCGCGCCCGCGCCCUGGAACUACUCCAGAUCGGCGCCGUGUAUGUGGGCUUCCCGCAGAAGGGGCUGGACCACAUCAACUGGGUUCGAUCCACGGACCUGCCGGUGGCUGUCACCGCGGCGCACGUGGAGCGCGGCCACUACGUGCGCGUGCACCCGGCGCCCAAGAGGUACCCCGCGUGCUACUGCAAGGACUGGCCCUCCCGGGUGCUGCACUGCGACGACGACCUCAUCGUUGUCAACAAGCCGCCCGGUCUGCCCUGCAUGCGGCACGAGAGCAACGCGACGGAGGAGCUGGCGGCGUGUGUGGGCAAGGCGCUGGGGGUGGAGGGACUGGAGGUGUGUCACCGGCUGGACCAGUGGACCACGGGCGUGGUGGUGCUGUCGCGACACAAGGCCGCCAACAAGGAGUUCAAGAGGUCGCUGCAGAACUAUCCAUAAGGGAGAACGUAGGGGAGUUCCGAGAGUGUGUGUGCGAUACACCAUGCAAGGACCUGACCCGGAACCCAUGCGAGGGUAUAAGCCAGAGAGCUACCCGUUAUAGUUAAGUAGUGUGGUACUAUGUAAUGUGCGAAACAG